CAUACUCUCUUUUAUCCUAAAAAAAAUUCUUAUAAAUUCAUUUCAGAUAACAAUUAUUUAAAUCAGAUCCCAAUCUCAUCUUUUAUCUCCACUAUUAUAGAUCUUAAUCUUAUCAUCUUUCAAUUAGUCUUUGCUUUUUCAAUUUGUAAAUGAAAUUUUGAAGAAAAAAAAAUGUCCGGAAUUUUCAGAUUAAACAGAUUAAGAGAAACAGGAAUUCGAAUAGCAAGAUUCAGUGUAAUAGCGAAACCCCAAUCAUCUCUAGAUAAUUUUAAUACUAAUUAUCAUCAUGUUGGUAGUUGUUACAAGAGAAGAGAAUUAUUAGGUUUACAAGAAAGACAUAAAUGGGAAGGAGGUGGCAGUAAUGGCAAUGGUGGUUCUGAUGAAUAUACUCGUAAAAUCAAGGCAGAAGCAAAUUGCCCCAGAUGUUCAAGUAAAAUGGACCUUGUUUUCUCCGAGAAUCGGAAUGGUAACGGUGGUGGUGGUGAGAAAUCCGGUGGUGGUGGUCAUCAGGCUGUCAAUUUAUGCCCAAAUUGUAAAACUGCUUAUUAUUUUCGUCCUAAUAAGUUUACACCAUUACAAGGUAGUUUUAUAGAGAUUGGUCGUGUUAGAAAAAAGGGUAAACCUAAUGGUGGUAGUACUAGUGGCGAUGAUCAAUUGGAUAUUGGUGGCGGUGGUGCUGGUGAUCGUUUGAGGAUAUCAUUUUGGGAUACAUUGAAGUCAUAUGGUGGUGAACCACCUGAGAAUUGGUCGCCACCGCCUGGUCCACCAGCACCAAAUGGAUUAGCAGUGCACCAUCCUCCAGGACCACCAUUUGCAUCUGGUGGUACUAUCAUUCGGAACACAAUAUCCAGCGGUGGGUCUGGUGGUGGUGGUGGAGGGCCUAGUAGCAGUGGUGCUGCUGCUGGAGAUGGUUCUAAUGGUGAUAAGAAUGGUUGGGGAGGUUCGAACUUGGGUAAAGAUUUACCAACACCUAAAGAGAUCUGUAAAGGUCUUGAUAAAUUUGUUAUUGGGCAACAAAGAGCAAAAAAGGUGCUUUCGGUUGCUGUUUAUAACCACUAUAAAAGGAUAUAUCAUGGCUCUAUGCAGAAAGGGGCUGCUGCAGAAUCCGGGAGUGUUCCUGCUGCAAGUAAUGAGCAAGAUUUUGUUGAGUUAGAGAAAAGCAAUGUCCUACUAAUGGGUCCAACUGGCUCAGGGAAGACGUUACUUGCAAAAACGCUUGCUCGAUUUGUGAAUGUACCGUUUGUCAUUGCAGAUGCCACAACACUGACACAGGCUGGUUAUGUUGGAGAAGACGUCGAGUCAAUAUUGUAUAAACUACUGACGGUGGCUGAAUUCAAUGUGCAAGCUGCUCAACAAGGAAUUGUAUAUAUUGAUGAAGUUGACAAGAUCACUAAGAAGGCUGAAAGCAUGAACAUCAGUAGGGAUGUAUCCGGAGAGGGUGUUCAACAGGCGUUGCUCAAAAUGCUGGAAGGAACUAUAGUGAAUGUGCCAGAGAAGGGAGCUCGCAAGCAUCCACGUGGUGAUAACAUUCAGAUAGAUACAAAGGAUAUCCUGUUUAUAUGUGGUGGAGCCUUUAUUGAUUUGGAAAAGACUAUUUCAGAAAGACGGCAAGACUCUUCUAUUGGUUUCGGAGCUCCAGUACGUGCAAACAUGAGAACUGGAACACCAUCUAAUGCUGUUGUUACGUCGUCUUUGAUGGAAUCGGUUGAAAGUGGAGAUCUUAUUGCAUACGGUCUAAUACCAGAAUUUAUUGGACGUUUUCCAAUUUUAGUUAGUUUGCUGGCCUUGAACGAGGAUCAACUUGUGCAGGUCCUGACGGAGCCCAAAAAUGCACUGGGGAAACAGUACAAAAAAAUGUUUAGCAUGAAUAAUGUCAAGCUACACUUUACAGAAACUGCAUUGAGAUUGAUAGCGGAAAAAGCAAUGGCUAAAAACACUGGCGCACGAGGCUUAAGAGCCAUACUGGAGAGCACUCUCACUGAAGCUAUGUACGAGAUUCCAGAUGCAAAAACAGGAAAGGACAAGGUAGAUGCAGUUGUCAUUGAUGAAGAGGCACUUGGUUCAGCGCGCACAGUGGGUUGUGGGGCAAAAAUUCUUCGGGGUGAUGGUGCAUUACAGCGUUAUCUUUCUGAAGCCAAGUUGAAAGAUCAGGGGAGUAAUGGUGAAGUAACAGAUGGGGAUUUAUUGGAAAGCGAAGCGGAGGUCUCAUCCAGAGCCACCAUGAGCUUGUAAUUUUUUUGCUAUAACCAUAGCUGUUGACGACGGAUGUGUAAAAUCUAAUUCUGUUGUUGUAGGUUUUUCUCAAGAUUAAUGUAAUUAUUAUUGCUUCCCUGUAAAAACUGCGCGUUUUUUCUUGUUUCAAUAGAAAGAAAGAAAUAAUAAACAUGCUAAUUCAAGCAAUCCAAUGUAUAAAACAUUUCAUGUAACAUCUAGAGUCGGAUUCUUUCACUUGAGAAUGAAUGUAACAAAUUUUGAUUACCA